AACUGUUUGACUGGAUGGAUCCACUCGGUAACCCUUUAGCGAUGAUGAUACGUCGCUUAUCUGCACCUGAGUCGUCGGUAGUCGUGUGUUUGCUAGUACUGCUACUGCCGCUAGUGAGCCUGGGAAGCAACGAGGAAGUGCCCCGAAGGUUUCCACCGGAAUUCACGUUCGGUGUCGGGACAUCGGCCUACCAAAUCGAGGGUGGUUGGGCGGAAGAUGGUAAAGGUGAGUCGAUCUGGGACCAUCUGACACACCGGCGACCGGAAAAGAUCGCGGAUCGAUCGAACGGUGAUGUGGCGUGCGAUAGCUAUCACCACUGGAAGCGUGACGUGCAGAUGGUGAAGGGUCUCGGGGUGGACGCGUACCGCUUUUCGAUCGCUUGGCCUCGCAUCAUGCCAACGGGGCUACGGAAUCAGGUGAACCAGCAAGGGUUAGCGUACUACAACGAUCUUAUCGACGAGCUGCUCCGUAACGGCAUUCGACCGAUGGUGACGCUUUAUCACUGGGACCUGCCGCAGCGACUGCAGGAGUUGGGUGGCUGGAUGAAUCCGGACAUCGUGCACUAUUUCGUGGAGUACGCACGAGUAGUUUUCGAUAGUUUGGGCGAUCGGGUCAAGUGGUGGACCACGAUCAAUGAACCGUGGCAUGUCUGCGAGCAGUCGUACGGUCGCGACGAGAUGGCACCGGGUUAUCACUUUCCCGGUGUGCCCUCGUAUACGUGCGGCCACAACAUCCUGAAAGCGCAUGCCGAGGUGGUGCACCUGUACCGAGACGCAUACCAAAAGGUGCAGCAAGGGUUAAUCGGGAUAUCCCUGGAUUGCUGGUGGGCGGAACCGGAAACUGGAACCCCGGACGAUCUCGAGGCGGCUGAAUGGGAGCUACAGUUUCAUCUAGGUUGGUUUGCGCAUCCCAUCUUCAGCAAGACAGGUGACUAUCCGGAGCUGAUGCGCCAACGGAUCGGUAAUCUGAGUGUCCAGCAAGGCUUCGCCAAAUCGCGGUUACCGGUGUUUACACCACUGGAAGUGGCACGCAUUCGCGGAACUUCGGAUUUCUUUGGUCUAAACACGUACACGACGGUGCUGGCACGUAAGAAUGAUGCGCAGAACUCGGCCGGAUAUGCCGUACCGUCGUUCGAGCAUGAUGCUGGCGUCGUUGUCUCCGCUGAUCCCGAUUGGCCCGAGGCAGAGGAGACUGCUUGGAUUAAGAUCGUUCCAUUUGGACUUCAUAAGCUGCUGAAUUGGAUCAGCGAACAGUACGAUAAACCGGCGAUCUGGAUAACGGAGAACGGCAUCGGAUCGGGGCCGGGUACGAAGGAUCCACAGCGAGUGGAUUACUUCAACGGCUAUCUAGCCGCCGUGCUGGAUGCCCUCGAGGAUGGGGUCGAUGUGCAGGGUUACAUCGCCUGGAGCUUGAUGGAUAACUUCGAAUGGCGUGACGGUUACACUCAGAAGUUUGGUCUGUAUUACGUGGAUUUCAACGACACUGCGCGCACACGCUACCCCAAGAUGUCAGCCAAAGUGUUUGCCAAUAUUGUGAGGACCCGCGAAAUCGAUUUCGCUUACCGUCCUGAGCCGGAUGUGCUGAUUCCAGGUCAUGGCAGUGGCACUGGUGACACAAUGCUGCCCAAUCUGUGCGUGUUCAUCGUGGCCACGCUGUGUGCCUCAAUGGUACAGAGAGUCAUACAAGCCUGUGGCUAGUAGCUAGGAUGAAAGAUGUUGGAAAAAGUGAAUCUCAGGUUUAAGAGUUUUUAUUCAUUGAAAUUAGAGCUACUAAUAUACUUUUUAUGACGAAAUACAAUAAAAGCAGCAGCAGCUACAGAUA